AGCGAAAGAGCAAUCAUGGCUGCGAUAUCAUCCUCUGCUUUGCUCCUUAAUCCGUUGACUUCUCCCCAUCGGCCGCAUAAAUACUCGCCAGAGCUCUCUUCUGUCUCCUUAUCUUCUAGAAAGGCGGCUACUUGCGAUUUUCUCCCGGCUGCUCUCACUCUCAAGAGACAGAGCCAGAGGUGUAGCGAUGUUGUGUGCAAGGCUGUGUCUGUGAAGCCCGAAGCUGGAUUCGAUAUCGCCGAGAAUGCCGCUCAGCUUAUUGGGAAAACUCCAAUGGUGUACUUGAACAGCAUAGUCAAGGGUUGUGUCGCAAGUGUUGCUGCCAAGCUUGAGAUCAUGGAACCAUGUUGCAGUGUCAAGGAUAGGAUUGGGUAUAGUAUGAUUACUGAUGCUGAGCAAAAAGGACUCGUUACACCUGGAAAUGUAUUGACUCGAGAAAUCUCACUGGCGAUAGACAUUGUAUUGCAAAAAGUUCAGCGUUCUUGUGGAAUCUACAAGUGGAAACACAGGGAUUGGUCUUGCAUUUAUUGCUGCUUCAAACUUAUCUUGACGAUGCCCUCGUCCAUGAGUUUGGAAAGACGGCUUCUUUUGAGGGCAUUUGGAGCUGAGCUUAAGGCUGAAGAAAUCUUGAAAAACACUCCAAACUCCUACAUGCUCCAACAGUUUGACAACCCAGCAAAUCCCAAGAGGUCUGUGCUUGCUUCCUCUUCCAUAAUACUCUCUACCAUAAAUCAUGAGCUAGUGUCACCUCUGCUUCUGCACCAUCAUAAGAGAGUGGGAAAGAUUCAAAUUCAUUACGAGACUACUGGUCCUGAAAUAUGGGAAGAUACAAGAGGGAAGGAACUAUCACUGGCGUUGGUCGAUUCGUUAGAGAAAGAAAACCCGAAUAGAAGGUGCUUGACGCCAUAUCAGAAGCUAGGCUGCAAAUCUGGUUUCAUCAUGGCGCCGUUCAAGAACAUGGAGUUGUAUGGGCUUUAUCCGGCUAACGAUUCGGUUAUAGGUGUAGAACCAACUGAAAACGCUCUACUUUCUGCUGGAAAACCCGGACCUCACAAGAUUCAAGGAAUCGGAGCUGGAUUUAUUCCUAAGAAUUUGGAUCAGGCUAUUGUAGAUGAAUACAUUGCGAUUUCCAGUGAGGAAGCUAUUGAAACUGCGAAGUCGGUGUAUAGGAAGACAUGGCUGAAUUGGCUGAAGACGAGUGAGGAAGUAGAGAGACUCCCAUCUGAGCAAAAGAGUCUCAACAAUCCAUGUUCACCUCAUGUGCUCGAUCAUUAA